AUGAAUUCUUCCGCCAGCUUGCUGCAGGUCGACGUGAUAAAGGUUUUACUUCCCUCUUUACUUUAAAUCUUAUUAAUAUCGUGAGUUAGAUCAGUGUUUCUUUGUUUUUUUUUCAGUGAAAAUGAAAAAAAUUUUGAGUUUAGUUUUGAUGUGUUAACUCAUGUGUGGGAAUAAAAAAAAAAAGCUCACGCGCGGAAUUCCCUGCGGUGCGCAAUCCUUUGCUUCCAGUUCUAAAAAUUUUUUAGCUUUAUUUUGAUCAAGUUCUCAUAAUUUACGUUUGCAAGCAUUGUUGAAGAAAAAAAUGCUAAGAGAAUUAAAAGCAUUCAAUUAAAAGGAUAACUACAGCGCGUAAAAAGGAUAUCACGGUCAAAACACUUAUUUUCGCCUUACGAGAGAUGCACGCAAAAUUGAAAUUAACAAAAUAAUUUUUAAAAAUUAAAUUGAUUUAUUUUCUUUCAGGUAAAAGCUGUUCUGAGAAAUCCUCACGCUGGGACGUUCAACAACGAAAGGAGCAAUGUGUCUGAUCAUCUCUCCGAUCUCUCUUGUAACUGUAAUUUGAUCGCUAGUUUGAAAGCGGGUUCGCCCCAAAAACAGGGUAGCAAAACGAGUAAUAAAUUGAAUUUAUUUUAAGCUUUUGUUGUGCUAUAUUUUACAUUUUAUUCAGAGCAACCGACCAAGCUCCGCGCGGUUGAAGGAGUCGGCUCCUCUCUGGUCGUGCGGUAUCACAUUUUAUACAAAAAAAAAGAAUAACUCGGGUGUUCUAAUUUGCUCUUUCUUCAUCAAAUCUCAGGGUGGUACAGACAUCGAUUAUUUCAGAAAGCUGGCGUUUGGGGACCUGCGAUCGUUCGUUCAGCUAAGUGCUUUUUAAACCACGGACACGUUGUAGACUGCGCAUUGAUGACUGAUCCUUGCGAAAUGAAAAAAAAAGACGACACAAAUUCUCUAGCAGUAGGCGUAAACUUUGAGGGUAAAAUUUGUUUUAGCCCCAACUACUCGGACCUCAAUCGAGCGUUUAAUCAGGUCUUCCCAAUGGCAGUGUUCUCUUGGUCCGGUAUUUUGUUUUAUAUGCUCCUCGUGGGCUUUUGCAUAUCUAAAUGAAAUUUGAGCGUGCGUUGUUUAAAGCGACAAUGGUCGUCUGGUACUCCGGUUUUCGUGUGACGAAAUAAAGUGGUAUAUAUAUUUUUUUGCCCCUCCGUGGGCUUUUGUUCAAAAUGUCAGUUUUAGCGCUUGCGUUUUGAGGCUGGUGCUCAGCAGUAAACGUUUAAAAAUUGUCAAAGAUAAGUGAAACGAAUAACAGGUAGUACCUUUUCGUGUGCUUUCAAAUGUUUACAGCAAUUGAACAAAGCAAAACUAACUUAUUGCGUUUUCUGAGUUUCCCAAAACCUUUUAAAUAUGAUUGAAGUAUCGCGAGGCCAGCAAAUCUUCAAAGGCGGCGACCUAGGUGUACGACAACAAAGAUGAUUUCUCAAUCGCCAUAAACUGGUGAACGUUAGGAUUUCACACGUCGUUUUGGUUUAGAUGACGCCAGUCAUUCGCAAACAAGAUGAAGCAAGCCCCACCCAUCACGCAAUAGCAGCAAAAAAUUGUCUGCGGUGGCAACAGCUUGUACUCGAACCGCCGAUGAGCAGAUUAAAUGACUGGUAUUCUUGCAGAGAUAUUAGAUUUCUGUUUAGAUAGAUGAACUGCCCUGGUACUUACUUCAAAACGUCUUUCAUCUAUUUUUCAAACUCCUGUUCAACGAAUUAGUGGCUUAGUAGCAGUAAUUACGACUUGAUGAACAAUAUUGCUUCGAAUAUGCGAUCGAAAACUUCUCAAACGACUGGACGUUUCUUCCUGCGCGAACAACUAAGGCAAACAUUUAAAACGAUCAAAUGGAACAAGGGACCCGAAGAUUCACCGAUAGGAGUUUUUGCGACACGAAAAAAACAUGUAAUCAACAAAGAACAAAGCGGUUACGUUUUUCUUCCUUCGAAUGGGAUCUGCACCAAAACAACCGUUUUUAGCAACUAGGGUUGCUGUGUUUGGCGUGACGUCGCUGCGAGAAAGUUCCUGUUCUUACACGCUCAUCAGCUAGGGCUUAAGAGUAGCAAGUCGGACGCAUCAGUGACGCCUCGUUUCUUUCGAUGACUUCCAACCGCUUGCGUUUUCACUUCAAAACUUCCUCGAUCUACAAAGAAAAAAGACGCUUUUUCGAAAACUACUAACUUCUGUCGGAAAAGAACGUGCAACUACUUUUUUCCUGCGUUUCUGUUGCCGCGCCUGGUUCUUUUUGCUGCAUUUAUUAGGAGCCUCUCUGUUCUUCCGCAACUCAACUACCCGAUUACGCCAAAAAGGAGAAGUUUUUAAAACUGAGCCCUUUGGGGUAGUUCCGUUUCUACUUUGGUUUUAGCUUUUCGUAAGAGCUCAAGUCGUGGGACGAGCACAGACGCAGAUGAUUAUGCUGUCUAGGCUUCCUUUCUAAUCCACGCAAGGCAGCCUCAUCGAAACGGCAGUUUUUCACUCAACUUCGCUAACGCAGCUCUUUUUUACACUUUCAUGAGGUCGCCUUCUAAAACUUGACCGAUCGUCUUUUGCGAAUCAAACUGAGUAUACUCAAAGUUAUGGACAAGUUCUUGAACUACUUCGCCCUUCGAGGGUUUCCUUUCCUACCUAUGGGUUCAGGUGCGCAUAAGGGCUUGAAUCACCAGACGAGUAGCGAUUGCAAACAAUCAUAUUUUUCCCCCUGAGACAACGAUAUCGAUAAAUGUGGCAGCUGCUUGACCAAGUUUUUCUAUUCAAUUAUUUCGUUGUCGCGAGUUCAUCUGAAGAUUCUGUCGAUCUGGCGAAAUUCAAUGAAAAGACAAGUUUUUUUUUCAAAUUUAACGCCUCUUGAGGCUUUUCCUUUCCUACAUAUGGUUUUAGCCGGAGCUUAGAAAAUUCCGCGAAUCGACCGAUAAGCUUAACUCACGACGUGCAGCACCAUGCAACCCGGAACCACGACGCUAGGAUAACAGCAGUGCGGGAUUCAUUUGGCGACUCCGCUGAGGCUUUUUUUUGGCCGCGACAACAAGAUUGAUUUCGACUUCGAACCCGCGCAGCAGAAACUCGCAAUCACUCAUAGCCGAUCACCAGUAAAAGUCAGCGUCGCCGCUUACCUGCACAAGAACACUCAGGAUAUCCAGCUCGCGAUUUCAAGCAGAGGCAAGAAAUAUUUCGACCAAAAUUUUGGUUUCAGACCGCACACUUAUCACGUUUCCAAAUACGUUUCUAGAAGUAGGACGAGCCUUUUUAGUCGUAGAAGUUUCGAAAAAUCUCCAACAAAAAAGCCGUGCGCCUAAGUGAAGCAGUUUCAACAAAGCGAAUUCAAGCGAAACGCGUCCGAAAAAGUUUGACGAUUGCAAAUCAUUCUAACUACGGAAAGACUCAGGUAAAUCUCAACCAUCUUAGCGCUUACAUGAUUUCAAAGUUAAGGUGUGCCUUGGAACUACGGCAACAAACUACAAAGAAAGCACAAAUCAACAAAAAUACUCGUCGCGAAUCGCCUUCUAAAACGCGUCGUCCUAUUUUGAGGUAGGAAUUUUGUCUCAUUAUCAUGAUGGUAUUUUUCAUCUUGCAGGUAUGCGUUUUACAUCUUGGCAUGA